AUGCAUAUGCAGUUGCACACUGGUGAACGUCCAUAUAUGUGUAGUGUUUGCAACAAGACAUUCAUAGAAAAAAGUCAACUGAAGCGGCAUUCACGGUUGCACACUGGUGACAGUUCAUACAUCUGUAACGUUUGCAACAAGACGUUCACAGAAAAUAGUCAACUUAAGCGGCAUUCACGGUUGCACACUGGCGAAAGUCCUUAUUUCUGUGACGUUUGUAACAAGACUUUCACGCACAGUAGUACACUAAAGCAACAUUUGCAGCUGCACACAGGUGAACGGCCUUACAGCUGUACCAUUUGCAACAAGACUUUCACAAAUAAUGGCGCAUUGAAACAGCAUUUGCGGUUGCACAGUGGCGAGCGUCCCUACAUCUGUACAGUUUGCAAUAAGACGUUCACACAAAGUAAUCACCUGAAGGAGCAUUCACAGUUGCACACCGGGGAACGUGCAUACACUUGUGGCAUCUGCAACAAGAUGUUCACACAAAAAAGUCAACUGAAGCGACAUUCUAAGCGGCACACUGGUGAACGCCCAUAUGUCUGUGGCGUUUGCAACAAGACAUUCGUAGAAAAUAGUCAACUGAAGCAGCAUUCACGAGUACACACUCGCAAGGCCUCAUAG